AGGUAGUAGUAGGAUUGUCAUUCUUGUUGUAAACACCUUCAUCAAUAGCAAUUGUUAUUGCAUAGACUUGGAAAAAAGUUUGGUGUGACUGUGAGAGACCAAGAAAAAAAUGAUGAAAAAUCUGAGCCUGAGAUUAAAGCUUCACCUUCCAAGCCCCUCCAACCCUUCUUGUUCUACUCUACAAUUUCUCAAACCCAUCAAAGCAACAGUAGUAUCCUGUAACUAUAAUGGGAAAAACUUGAAACACCAACCUUCAAAAUUUGCAAUAACUCAAGCUCAAGCCCCACCUCGUCCAAUUACCCUGAAGCACAGAACCCCUGUGGAGCAUUCACUGAUUAAUCUUGCAGUUUCUGAAGAUAACAAGAAUUUGAGGAUUGUGAUAGUAGGAGCUGUUUCUGUGGGAGUUUUUCUGCUUUGGAGUGGGAUGGAAGACCAGAAGGCUUGGGCUUUGGGCCCUGAAGGCCCACUUGUUGAAGAGUUUUGGGACAAUGUGAGGAGGUAUGGGCUUUAUGCUCUCACAGUCAGCACAGGCGCCCUUUACACAAUCUUCCAGCCCAUAUUUGAGCUCCUCAAGAACCCCAUUUCUGCACUUCUCAUCAUUGCUAUUUUUGCUGGCAGCUUCUAUAUUCUUUCUCAAGUGCUUUCUGCAAUGUUUGGUGUUUCUGAAUUUGCUUAUGAAUAUGGAUACUAGUUAGAUAUAUAGCUGCAACUAUGUCAACAUGGAAUUAAUGCUUUUAUUGGAUCCUUUUUGAAGGAAUUUUUUUUAUCAUUUUUGCUUCUAUAUUACUGCUUUAUCCACUCCAUGUUUAGUCCAUAGAUUUCACAUGAU